AUGACUCUCACCUCCGAUCACCCCAAAGACAAGGAACAACAAUACCCACCUCCGGUCAACACCGAUAACCAGUAUGAACAACCACCUCACGUGAACCACCACCACCGUGAAGAACCACCUUUUUCACUUCUUCCACCUCCCUUCCAUCAGUUUCAAAGCUACAAAGAAAUGUCGAUUCACCUUACUCACCUCCUUCUCCACCUUACCCGGCUCAACCACCAGAACGCCACCAGCCUCCACUGUGAUGACGUAUCUUCUCUACCAGCAACUUCGAACGCCAACGGCCACAACGGAAAGCCACCUGAUGCCUUCGAUUACUACCUGGCAGAGUGCCACCGUCUGGCAUCACCAGCACAACCUUCCAACCAUGUCUCUCCUCAGUGCAGCCACCAUUGCCUUCACAUUCCUCCGAUUAUAUGUUCACACACUAACCAUCAAAACCCCAUAAAUUAUAUGGACAAUAAACCCACAUUUCGGGUCUAUACCAAGGCCAAAACUGAUUACUCUCUCACUAUACGUAAUGGAAAAGUGAUUCUUGCUCCAACUAAUUCUUCUGAUCUUCAUCAGCAUUGGAUCAAAGACGAGAAAUUUGGUAGGAGCAUUAAGGAUGAAAAAGGUAAUCCCGCUUUUGCCUUGGUCAACAAAGCCACCGGUGAAGCUAUGAAAUUUUCAAUCGGUGUAACUUAUCCGGUUCAGCUGAAGAAAUACAACCCUAAUGAAGUCGACAUGAGUGUUCUUUGGAGUGAGGGCAAUGACUUGGGUGAUGGUUAUAGGUCAUUUAGGACAGUCACCAAUAUUCAUCUUCAUCUAGAUGCAUGUAAGGGUGUUAAAGAAUAUGGUGGUGUUCAUGACGGCACUGAAAUUAUUUUGUGGGAAUGGAAUGAUGGCGAUAACCAAAAGUGGAUCAUAUUCCCGUAUUGAUUGCGUGUUAGUGUGGAGCUUAAUCUUCGACCAUGAGCAUGCUAUGUUCCAUGGCACUCGGCGUUCAUGUAUUUUUCGAAUGAUCACAUGUUUAAGUACCUAUGGAUAGUGUUGUUUUGGAUAUUUUUAUAUGUUAUUUCGGGGCUCCGUAACGUAUUAAACUUGUUAGAUUUUAAUGGAUUGACACAUAUAAUCCUACU